CGAUUGGUUACAUUUGACAACGUUCGGAUUUGGUAGGAAAACAGAACGCAACAUUCUGUACGACGUCGUUGCCCACUCUCACCGCCAUUAUCGUCUUAGGUUAGCAAGCGCGAAAGAGUCGUAAAAAUAUCCAGCUUUCCUUCUAUCCGUUGCUCAGAAGCUUCAGAGGGAGCUAUGGAAAGAGAAUUUUAGCUUCAAAGAUAAAGUGCGAAAAAGCUUCCUUGCCUGGGCCUAGUCUACUUGUCCAUAAUCAUUGUUGCAAGUCUCAUGUUUGUUAAAUUGCCUCAAUGGCUUUCCCUUCAUGUUUCAAAUGCUACCCUUGGUUUCACCAUCACCCACACCUUGCUUUCUCUUUCUCUAACAAACCCACCUCCAAUUCCACUCUUUCUGUCGCAUCCACGCGGCAACACCACUCGCUAAUCGCUACCCAAUCCUUCUCCUCCUCCAGUUCCGUUCCUCUUUCUUCCAACUUCACUCCGGAUCAACUCCUCGACACGCUCCGUCGCCAAAGUGAUGAAACUGCUGCUCUUCGCUUGUUUGAUUGGGCCUCCAAGCAGCCCAAUUUCAAGCCCGAUUCAUCCAUUUACGAGGAAAUCCUCCGUAAACUUGGUAAAGUUGGUUCAAUUAAUUCGAUGAAGGAAAUCUUGCAGGAGAUGAAGGUUUCUGGUUGCGAGAUCAAUACAGGUACAUUGUUGAUUUUCAUUGAGUGUUAUGCGAAAUUUGAAUUAUACGAUGAAAUUCUUGGUAUUGUGGAAUGGAUGGAAGUAGAAUUCGGGUUGGAACCGGACACCCUUCUUUUUAAUUUCUUGUUGAAUGCUCUUGUGGACGUGAACAAGCUUAAAUUAGUGGAAACUGCUCAUUCUAGCAUGAUUAGUAGAGGAAUUAAGCCUGAUGUUUUGACUUUUAAUAUAUUGAUAAAAGCUUUGUGUAGAGCCCAUCAAAUUAGGCCUGCCAUUUUAAUGAUGGAGGAGAUGCCAAUUUAUGGUUUGUCACCCGAUGAGAAAACGUUCACUACUCUAAUGCAGGGUUUUAUUGAGGAAGGAAAUCUGGAUGGUGCACUGAGAGUAAAGGAGCAAAUGGUGAAUGCUGGGUGUACCGCGACCAACGUGACUGUGAAUGUUUUGGUUCAUGGGUUUUGCAAAGAAGGCAGAAUUGGCGAAGCACUGGGUUUUAUCAAUGAGAUGUCAAAUGAGGGCUUCUUUCCAGAUAAGUUUACGUUUAAUACGGUGGUUAAUGGGUUGUGUAGGGCUGGACAUGUGAAGCACGCUUUGGAAGUUAUGGAUAUGAUGCUUCAAGAGGGGUUUGAUCCAGAUGUAUAUACGUAUAACUCUUUGAUUUCUGGGUUGUGUAAAUUGGGUGAAGUUGAGGAGGCAGUGGAUAUUCUUGAUCAGAUGAUUUCAAGGGAUUGUUCACCGAAUACUGUCACUUACAACACACUAAUUAGUACAUUGUGUAAGGAGAAUCAAGUUGAAGAGGCUACUAAACUUGCUCGUGUUCUGACUAGUAAGGGGAUGUUACCUGAUGUUUGUACGUUUAAUUCUCUGAUACAAGGUCUGUGCUUGACCCGAAAUCAUGCCAUUGCCAUGGAACUUUACGAGGAGAUGAUGAAUAAAGGGUGCCAACCUGAUGAGUUUACCUACAAUAUGUUGAUUGACAGCCUCUGUUGCAGAGGUAAACUACAGGAAGCUUUGAGCCUACUUAAACAAAUGGAAUUAAGUGGCUGUGCGCGGAAUGUGAUAACAUAUAAUACAUUGAUUGAUGGGUUUUGUAAAAGCAAGAGAAUUGAAGAAGCAGAGGAGAUCUUUGACCAGAUGGAGCUCCAAGGAGUUUCUAGAAAUUCAGUGACCUACAAUACCCUUAUAGAUGGCCUUUGUAAGAGCAGGAGGGUGGAGGAUGCUGCUCAACUGAUGGACCAGAUGAUAAUGGAGGGAUUGAAGCCUGACAAAUUCACUCACAAUUCCAUGCUUACCUACUUCUGCAGGGCAGGGGAUAUAAAGAAAGCAGCAGACAUUGUGCAGACCAUGACUUCCAAUGGUUGUGAACCAGAUAUUGUCACAUAUGGGACCCUUAUUGGGGGGUUGUGCAAGGCUGGUCGACUUGAAGUAGCAAAUAAGCUCCUGAGAUCCAUUCAAAUGAAAGGCAUGGUUCUGACUCCUCAUGCUUAUAACCCUGUAAUUCAAGCACUAUUUAAACGGAAAAGAACAAAGGAAGCCAUGAGACUUUUCAGAGAAAUGGAGGAAAAGGGUGGUCGUCCAGAUGCUCUCACAUACAAGAUCGUUUUCCGUGGACUGUGUAACUCUGGAGGGCCAAUCGGAGAAGCUGUUGAUUUUGUGAUUGAGAUGACGGGAAAAGGAUUUUUACCAGAAUUCUCUUCAUUCUAUAUGUUGGCUGAGGGACUUUGUUCUUUAUCUAUGGAGGAGACUUUGAUUAGUCUUGUUGACAUAGUCAUGGAGAAAGCAGACAUCUCAGAAAAUGAAACAACCAUGAUAAGGGGAUUUCUCAAAAUUCGCAAGUUCCAAGAUGCAUUGGCCAAUCUUGGAGGCAUUCUUGACAGCCGGAAGUCCAAGAAAGGUUACAGAUGAAAAGAAUUUUGACACUGCUGCUAGAGAAAAUGUUUAGGAAGAUGGAUGGUCUACUUGAUUGUACUGAGUUGGAACGUGAAGUAGUUCAUAGUUUUUCAUGAAUACUUAGCAGAGGACAUGCCCUUAUCAGAAUAUACAUACCGGAGAUCGGGAGCUUAGGAGUUGCUUUGAUCUUUUUAUUGUAUGGCUGUAAAAUUCUGGAACACGCUAAUGCAUGUUAAAACUAUAUAUUAGCAUUAUUUUGACUCCUAAAAUUAGGACUCAAAGUUAAUUAAGCUCCCAAACAAAUUUCAGGGUUA